AUGAUGGCAAGUUGGGAAAUUGCUAUUCAAGAAAUUCAAGGAACAAUGGGAGAAAGAAGUCAAGAAUAUUUUCAAUUAUUACGUAGUUAUUUAUUAUGUCAAAUUAGUAAGUCUGAAUAUACUGAACAACUUUAUGGAAUUUCACAAACAUUUCCUACUAUUAUUCAAUUAAAUAAUAACUUAUUAUCAUCUUUAUUAUGUAAAAAUGGUAUUGAACAAUAUCCAGCACAAAUUAUUCCACCUGUUUCUAUAUCUCCUGAUGACGCUGCAUUUACUUUUUAA